ACUGCUACCAGCCCUUCAUCCAGUGGGCAGCGGCCAGACACCCCCCUACUGUGACAAGGCGGGGUUACGAUGCCACCCUGCUCGUGAGAGCGCCGGGGGCUGUGAGCGCGGCAGAGCGCUGACCUGGAAGUAAAGCGGCGUGUGAAAUCCCGGCAGCGGGCGCAGAGCCCGGCGGGCAGCCCGGGGAGGGCGCCGGUAAUGCUCACACAUCCCCGGGGCGCCGCUGCACUGGAUGGGGAGGAUUCUGUGAGCAAAUUUUAUUUGAACUCGCCGGUGGCAACAACUCAGCAGAGCCCCUUCUCCCGGGGGCAGACAGGCAUUCCUGCUCCCCACCCCUCUUUCCUCAUCCUUUCCCAGAUGCGGGUGCCAAUGGGGGAAGGCAAAUUAUUUUUAGCAUCCAGCUUGUCAGCAAAGACCUAGCUGAGCCCUAGGCUCCCAGUGACAUCAGUGCAAUCUUUCACCAGCAAAGUCAUUACCAGAUACACAUUGCAGAAAACUAAUUCCAGAGCCUCACAAACCCAUCCCUGAUCAUCAUCUGCAUGCUCCCGAGUCAGCUCUGGGGCUGGGGACCGUCCAUGACACCAGUGAGGGCACCGGGAGCAGCCAUCCACUGUCAUCAUGUCCCUGCUGUGGAUUCAGGGUGUCCCGGUUCAGCAGUCAGAGGGGUGGGAGACCCAGUUCUUCCCGGGAGCCUCUCCCCAUUUGGAACACUGGUCUGAAGAAAUGACCUAGAAAGACUCCGGGCUGAAGUUCUUCCGUGCCUGCCCAUCUGUGGAGCAUCCCAGCAUCACUGCUCAGCCCUGCAGUAGUUUCAUGCCUCAUGUUCCUUGCCGCAGACCCCAUAGGUGUCAGCACAGUAGGGAGGGGGCUCUGGGUUGGACACAUGUUCCUGGUACAGCCAGGCAGGUGGGGGGCGUAUCCCAACUUCCAGUUGCAGGAUGAUCCUGCCCGGGCACGGCCAGGUGGGACCCGAGAGCCGCAGAGGGCAGGAUAAGGACCCCCGCACACACGGUGGGGGGCUCGGCUGCCCCGUGCCCAUGGGUGUCCCAUGGGAAAGAGGAGCCGAGGGCAGCCCUGACCGCAGGCUCUCCAGAGCAGGCAGCGGGCCAGCCGGCUCUGGCACCCGGCCCGGAAGUCUGUCCUGCCCCUUCACUAUGACUCUGCAAAACGGUGGGGCGGCGGCCGUGACGAUGACGAUGGCCAGGCCAGGAGGAAGCAAAGGGGCCCGGCUGGGCGCUGCGCUGCUCGGGGCAGAGCGGAGGGCUCGGCUGAGCAGGACAGAGGAAGGCCAAAGCCGGGCGGCAGCAACAGCCAUGGCUGAGGCUGACGACAGGAGCAUCCAUACACAGCACAUCUCGGCCGUGCACAACGUGCCCAUGCGUGUCCUCAUCCGGCCCAUCCCGGCAGAGCUGGAGCCGGAAAAGGUGCAGAGCCUGAUGGAGACCCUGCAGGAGGAUCCCGAGCGGGUGCCCCCCAUCGACGUGCUCUGGGUCAAAGGCAGUGAGGGCGGCGAUUACUUCUACUCCUUCGGGGGCUGCCACCGCUUCGCUGCCCACCAGGCACUCCGCCGGGAGACCAUCCCGGCCAAGAUCAUCCCCUCCACCCUCAGCGACCUCCGGACCUACCUCGGCUCCUCCACGCCUCACCUGCGCUAGCCCAGCACCCCGAGGAUGCCCAGCAGCCCCCUCUGUCCCUGGCGGUUCCGAGCCGUGAGCCCCUGGUGAGGAUGCCCAGGGGUCCCCAGCCCUGGGGAGUCCCCGGGGUCCCUCCAGCCGGGAGGGGUCAGGCUCUCACCGGUACCGGGAGGCGCCCGGCGGGGCCGGCAGGUGGCGCCAUUGUGCCGCGCUGCGCCGCCCGGAGCGACCCCGCGGACCGGGACGGGACGGGAUGAACCGGGACGGGAUGAACCGGGACGGGAUGAACCGGGGCAUGGCGCAAUCGGGAAUAGCUGAACCGGGAUGGAACAGGCUAAACCGGGGCACGGCUCAAGCGGGAAUAGCUGAACCGGGAUGGAAUGGGCUUAAUCGGGGCAUGGCUCAAGCGGGAAUGGCUGAACCGGAGCACACUGGAACUGGGACAAGUCACAGCUCAUUCGGAGCGCAUCUGAACCGGGGAGGGGUACGGGCGUACUGGGACACAACAGAAUCAAGGACACAAAGAAGAGACACAGCUGACCCAGCAUGGCCAGUCCCCAGCCCACCCUCAGCGAUUCUGGGCUCACCUGUCAUCCCAGUCUCCAUGGGGAACAUCUCCAAAAUCCUGUGGUGGGGACAUCUGCUGCUGCACCUGGAAUAAAGAUGAUCAAAACCCCUGCA